AUGACCCGGCCGAGGUUAACUCUCGCCCUUUUGGUUCUAGUCGUCAGUCUAAUUAGCGUGUCAGCCUUCGACUGGACAUUCUGGAAUGACGACGACGAUGCCACUCCAGCUCCAGCCAAGAGUGCUACCAAAACUACACCAGCCCCUUCGACACCUACGCCGACCACGACGACCCCAACGACUACCUCUCCGACUGCGUCCGGAUCGUCUAACCUUCCGACGGCAAACACUCCUGCCACUUCUGGUUCCUCUUCACUCGAUGAUAUGGUCGCUUCCGGAUCCGGAUCAUUUAUCGAUGCUUCCUCGAUCAAGGUCAAUGCUGAGCUUGCCAAGGUGACGGAAGCCACCAACGAUAUCAAGUCGACAUACCGCAACUGGGUGGGACCUCGGGCCAUCUCGCCCGACGCAGCCUGCUACCGUGAAGCACAUAUCAUGGAUACGUGCCCUACUAACUUCGAUCGCAACGAGGCCACUAACACGUGCUGGGCCGAGUGUCCGAUUGCGUACCCUGUCGAGUGUGGCAUGCAAUGCAUUCGCCAGAACGACGACUGUUUGAUGGAAACGCUUAACAAGGUCGGUGCUGUGGCUAACUCUGCUCUGGCUAUCGCUUCUUUCGGUGCCUUCCAGAAGCUGUGGCAGGUUACUAAGAACGUGCAUCGGGCGUUCGACUGCGUUAACAUGAUGAUCGGUACCAUGAGAUCCAUUAUCCGUUAUGUGCGUAACAUCAAGACCGCCGACCCGCAGGCCUCUACAGACAAAAUUUUGAACAUUAUGUACCAGUCGAAUAAUAUCGUGACGGAUCUGCCCAUUGCGGUAUACCUGUGCAUGGGUUGGGAACUGCCGAGACCGCUCGAUAUCUCUGGUCGUGUGCUCACGACGAUGAACUGGAUUCUGUUGAAUGCGAUCGCCUACAAGGAAGACAUCAUCUCGAGCUGGGGCAAGUUCAAGGCGUUCUUGGUCGGUGCCAACUUCACAGAAGCCGCCAACAAGAUCAACGAGACGGAGAUUGGAACACUCAGUGAUGCUCUCAAGUCCAACUCCACGUGUGGCUACGACCUUCGAGCGUUGACGGACCGCACGUGGAACACCGUGAACCAGCUGCGAGCAGACAACCCAGGCAUCUCGGAAGACGACCUGCGUCUCAAGGUACAGAACACCCAGCUUGUGACGUCUGACAUCGCAAUCGUCACCAACAACUGCAUGGAGCAGCUGAUUUCGGAGUCCGACGAGGCUACGGCCUACAAGACGCGUGAGAAGAUUCGCACAGCGUUCAGCGGCAUGAUCAACCAGCUUGUGUCUAAAGGCAAGAGUAACAAUGGCUCGAGUGAGGAUGCGAACCAGUUCAUGUACACGGCGUUCAGUAAGACUCUCAUUUCGAUCGCCGUUACCGGUUUUGACCUCAUUGGUGUCAUGGGUUUGGUCGCUGCGUACCUCCAGACGGUGUGUGGUCCGACGAAUUUCAUCGGUGAGAUCGACGACGGCACAGACCCUAAGACACUAGGUCUUACCACGAUUCAGAAGGCUUUCAGCAACAGCACAAUGUCCUGGACCAAGAAAGGUGACGGUGCAGUGAUCAUUGAUUUCAAGAGUGUAGACACGAAGGACGUGACGGUCAACAUCAUGUCUGGAGGUGACAAGAUCGACGAAGUAGAGGUUAAGGCUGGGAGCACAGCAAAGUGGGUGUCCAACGUCACGGCUUUAGCAGGCAAGACACUCUACUUCGAUCGUUGGCGUCCAGGAUUCCUGGGUUUGCCAGGUACAGGAGGUGGUUCACUUCUCCUGUGGGUGCCUCACGCAUCUCAAGGUGGCCACUUGGAGGUUCAAGCUAAGCUGAACGUCAGCUAG